AUGUUACCUCUCACAAGCUUCGGCGAAAUCACAGAAAGACAUCCCGAAACACAGGAUUCUUCUACUACAUGUGCUGUUUGUUUGAACAAAAUGAAAAUGGAAGACGAGGUUCGAGAAUUGAUGAACUGUUCUCAUCUGUUUCAUAGAGAAUGUAUUGAUAAAUGGUUCGAACAUGGUUAUGAGAAUAAUGACAAUUGUAAUCAGACUUGUCCUCUUUGUAGAGCUCCUCUGAUUACUACUACUGAUUAUGUUUCUUCCGAGGUUUUGACUGCUUGUGUUUCUCCUAGUCAACCUAGUUGGGCUGUUGAGAGACUUCUUUAUCUCUUUGGUGAUGAUCUUUUGCCUUGUUAA